AUGGAUUGGAUAAUUGAUGAUCGAGUUUUCUUUCAGUGCUGUGGCGUUGGAGGUGGCGGGACCACGUUACCCCAGGCCGCACAGCAUUUGGGUACUGGAACUGCCGUCGCAGCCACCUCCGGGAGAGCCAUCAUGCAGGAUCCGGUACUUGAGUCCAUUCUGGAGCAAAUGCGCGAGACGGAGGCUCGCAGGGCGGACCUGGAGCGGCAGCAUGCCGAAGCACAGAACCAGCUACGGGAAAAGCUAGCAGGCAGAUAUCAAGGUCCAGAGUCUGUCGAGGCGCUCCAGUCCAAGAUUCGCGAACUUGAAAAGAAAACGGAGCUGCAGAUGGUGAGGAGCGAAGAGUUGUCUUUGGAGCUGACGAGUCUCAGGCGAGCGAGGAGUCGCGGUCCUGGUUCCACGGCCACUACUAGUAUCACUGGAACCACGUGGCCGCCUUCAGGCUCGGAAAUUGACAGGAUGAUUGCUAAGAUUGAGCAGGACACUAGGUACGGUCGUAUUCUCCACGAACUGGACCACACGAGAGGAGUGGUGACGACCCAGCAGCCUUCCUCCGGGCAGAGAAUCCUGCGAUCUAGCGCAGAAAACCUGAGCAGCCUAAGCCAGCACCAGCAGCAUCCUCCUCAUCCACACGCGCUGGAGCUCGGAGACCUCGGGAUGUCACACUACGUAGGCUCGCCGAUGCCUCUGACACCAAUGAUGCCUGGCUGCCCGCCGCUUACUCCCAACGGACCACCAUAUCACUACAGCGAACCAAUUCCUCCCGCCCCGUCGUCCCUGUCAACCAGCCAAUCCCAGCCCGCGUUUCAGCAGAAGCUGCAGCAGUAUCACCAUCAGCAUCAGACACACGUCGACAUGGCCAGCUCUCAUCCUCAAGCCAGUCUCUCCAGUCUCUCGUCUCAGCAUCAGCAUCAGCAACAGCAACAACAACAGCAACAGCAGCAACAACAGCAAAAGCAACAAGCGCACACACAUUUCUCAAGCAAUCAAUAUCAAGAAAGUUAUCCUCAUACACACACGCAGUCAUUUCAGCAGUCCCAUCAGCAGUCUAGUCAGCAACAGCAAACUCACCAAUCUCAGCUGCCUGUGUCGAGUACGUACUUGGGGUCCACCAGCCAGAGUGUCCUGCCUCAUUACAGCCAACCGACCGGGCAGACUGGACAAACUUUCCUUAAUGGAACUCAACAGAGUGGCAACUAUCCAAACUUAACGCUGACUACUCACCCAAAUGGAAGCUUCACCUCCGGGGUUGGUAGCAGCUUUGGGACGACGCAUCAGCUAGGCCAUCAUAAUUACUCAGUUCCCCAGACAAACCUCACGCAAACGACACUGUCUUCAUUGCCGCCGUACUCGUCCUCGUCUUAUCACUCGGCGCUCAGUGGCCUCCCAAGAUCGUCGUCGGGUGGAUUGCUUCAAGCAAUAAAUGAUCCAUUGCAAGCGAUGCAGCAGCUGUCAGCGCAAUCCCAGGCAAACCAGCUCCACCAGCAAGCAAUUAUCCAACAAAUUCAACAAAGUUUACGGGCUACAUCUCCAACAGCGACCUCUACGACGGGUCACCACUUUCUGGGGCCGCGUCAGAUGCCAAAAAUACCCACGUCAAUACUGACAAACCCUCUGGACCGGCUUACCAGCGAGACCAUUCUACCCGAGGGUCAAGUAGACAUGCUGGAUAUCCCCGGCAAGGGGAGGUGCUACGUCUACAUAGCAAGGUUCAGCUACGAGCCUUUCCAACACUCGCCUAAUGAAAAUCCAGAAGCAGAGCUUCCAGUUCAAGGUGGUGACUAUCUUCUCGUCUGGGGCCAGCCUGACGACGACGGGUUUCUCGACGCGGAAACUCUCGACGGACGCAGAGGACUAGUUCCCGCUAACUUUGUACAAAAACUCGUAGGUGAUGAUCUUCUUGAGUUCCACCAGGCUGUCAUGGGCCUAAGAGACGUCGAUGACGCUGCGUCGACGAAUAUUCCACAAUGUUAUCUCCAAGACAUUGACCUAGAAUUGGCGGCACUGGAGGAGGGAAACAGAAAUCGGCAAGCCGAACUGUCAGCGUACGCCGAACUUGACAAUAUUGCUGAGGAAGACGAACAAGAACCACCAGCUACAGCUAGGCUUGUCUUGUCUUUUCCUCCUGAAGAAGUCUACCUGUUUUCGGACCUAGUUCCGGCGCCACAGCACCUCACCCUGGAGCGUCAACUCAACAAGAGUGUGCUGAUUGGGUGGACUGCGCCAGACAACCCCAUCCAGUUGGAGUCCUACCACGUCUACGUCGACGGGGUUCUCAAGGUCACCGUUAAGGCUACCGAGCGAACGAGGGCUCUUGUAGAAGGUGUUGAUUCAACUCGGCCCCACCGAAUAAGUGUCCGCUCGGUGACACACUCGAGAAGAACAUCACGGGACGCGGCGUGCACUAUGGUAAUUGGAAAAGACGUCGCGUUGGGUCCAACAGCCGUAAAAGCAUCCAAUGUUACGGCAACCAGCGCUGUGAUAUCAUGGCUCCCGAGCAAUAGCAAUCACCAGCACGUAGUGUGUGUCAACAAUGUUGAAGUAAGGACAGUUAAGCCAGGUGUUUAUCGGCAUACCAUCACCGGGCUCGCACCAUCGACUAUUUACCGUGUCACUGUGAAAGCCAAGAAUCUCCGUGCCACUCACUUCGAGGACCAAAACGCUCAGUUGGCCAAUAAUCUUGCCUGUCACGUACACUUCAAGACUCUCUCCAAGGGUCUACCAGAUCCUCCGGUCGAUAUCCAGGUGGAGGCUGGACCGCAGGACGGCACUUUGCUAGUGACCUGGCAGCCUGUUGCCCUAAACGGUUCGGCCGUCACCGGUUACGCGGUUUACGCGGACGGCAAGAAGGUCACAGACGUUGACAGUCCGACAGGUGAUCAUGCAUUAGUAGACAUCCACAAAUUAAUGGGCCUUAAUCCAAAAGCCAUCACCGUCAGAACGAAGAGCAGGGAAAGCCAAUCAAGUGACAGCUGUGCUACCGCGAUUCCUUGCAGCGUGUUGCGCGGGGGACCACACAUGCAACAAGGAAUGGAGCACCCUGGAGACCAGCAGGGCUACAUGGGCAUGGUGGGCAACCGGAUGGCCCAGAGAUUUCCCGGCGCUCCUGUGCCUGCUCACAUGAGGCGUCAGGGUGUCACCAGGGUCGAUGCUCAUGGUCAGGUUAUCAUUGAGACUGACGAAAAUCUUUCGGAUAAAGAAAUUUAUCCUGGACAAAGUAUUUCACAAAUGGGAAUUCCGGAGAUUACCAAAGACUCGGCGAGCGAAGCGAAUUACAGUGAAGAAGACGACCCUACUAGAAGAGGUCGUGGAAUGCAGCAGCACCCGGGACACCAAAGAUACGGACCUCAAGGAGGGCCUCAAGGGCCCCCUGGAACUCACAGACCAGUUCCAGGAAGAACACCACGAGGUCCGGAUCACCAAGGGUAUUAUGAUCAGCAAGGGACUCAGAGGGGCAGAGGACCUGGCUAUCGCGGUGGUCGAGGUGGACCUGUUCAGGGUCCUCAUCAUCCAGAUGCUCAGCAAGUUAAUAAAAGAGCUCGCUGGUUCGUCGCUCUUUAUGAUUACGAUCCUCCAACAAUGUCACCUAAUCCUGAUGCUUGUGAAAUUGAAUUGCCCUUCUCUGAGGGUGACACCAUUAAGGUUUACGGCGACAAAGACGACGACGGAUUUUACUGGGGUGAAUGUCGGGGUAGACGUGGAUUUGUGCCUCACAACAUGGUAGAAGAGGUGAAGAACCCUCCCCCAGGUGCUCAAGGACCAGGACAACCCGGCAGAAGAGGCCAGAAUGACAGGUGGGGUGAUAUAUACACCAACAUGCCAGUCAGAAAAAUGAUUGCGCUCUAUGAUUAUGAUCCGCAAGUUCUCUCGCCUAAUGUUGACGCCGAGCAAGUUGAAUUGCGUUUUCAAACCGGCAAUGAAAUAUACGUUUACGGUGAAAUGGACGACGACGGUUUUUACAUGGGCGAACUAGACGGCGUACGUGGUCUAGUACCAAGUAAUUUCCUAGCAGAAGCUGGUCCCAAUAAAGGACAACCUCCACAAGCCGGGCGAAGACCUCCCGGACAAGGUCAAGGUCCAGGUGCUCGGGGUCCACCUCCGCCACCCCGAGAACCACCACCUCCAGGACAUCGACGUAAUAAAGGUAACACUUAUCCGCGAUUCACACCCAGUACCACGACUUAG